AUUUCCAGGAGCCUCUGAGUUACACUUGGAAGUUCAAAAGCAUAUCAGUCACUUGUCAGACCCAGGAAGUUUUCAACCCUAUGAAGGAUGUUGGUGCUUCCGAGAAAGCUGCAUGUUUCAUUAAAUUCUCUCAAACAGAAAAGAGCUCUGAAAUCUCUUUGACUCAAUGCUUUCCAGAUAAAAAAGGAGACAGCUAUCACAAAAGAAGCAGAGGCGGUCUUAUUGCGGCUUUUCUUCUCUUCAUUAUAGUUGUAGGAAUACUAGCAUUCCUAUACAGAGGAGGUAGAACUGCACCUGGAACAGGAAGAGCUGCUCAGGAGAACAGUCCAGCGCAUGGCUCAGGAGAAUGUCAGUUACUUUGCUCUGCGGACAGCCAACAACAGCCUAACUCAGACAGAGCUACCUCUUCACAAGCCGUUGAUUAUGAGAAUGAAAAGCCUGAAGCAGGCAAAGAAUUGAACAAGGAAGACGGUGCCCUGAAAGACAAGCGGAUAGUUAACAAUGGUGUAAAUCAGGAAGUGACACUAGAAAAGGAGGCUGUCCCUUCUGAGGAAAGAAAGAUAGGCACUGGAAACAGCUCAGCUAGUCUUCAAAGCACUUCUUCAUGGAUGACUUCAGUGCUGGUGGAAAACCUCCAAGAGAAAAGAUAGCAGCUCCUUCACCGUUGAAUUCUACUGCUUCUCUUCCAUUGUUGUUUGGUCCACAAAGCAAUUAUUUGCCUAUGAUGUAACAUUUGAGGCAAAAGAAAAAGAAAAGCACACAGGUAAAUUAUUAUGUCUUCUCUUCUAGAAAUUGAACUAGUUAUACAAGAAUACUGCAG